CCCGGCAUACAGCAGCAGCAGCAGCAGCAGCAGGCUGGGCUUAGGCAUCUAUUGUUCCCCGUUUUAUUCUCUCUCAUUAAGAAGCAAGGGGAGAAAGAGAAAAACAGAGGGAGAGGACAGCGUGAGGAGACAGCCUCAUUUGCCCAGGAUUACUUCUUCUUGGAUGCACUGGUGUGGACAAAGCAGUAGCAGAAAAUACUCUUCCAGCACUCGUGGCCCGGCUCGCGUUUUCCUCUGAACUGCAUUGGGAACUACAGUACUGCGCUGUGGCCAUGAGGCUGGCCAGAGGAGCCAUGGGGACGCUGGGGGUCUUGAAAGGGGCACCGCUCCCCUCCCUCUGGAGGUUAGCGUUGCUCUUUUUCUCCAUCUGGGAACUGGAUGCACAAACUGCAGUGGAAACGAAACCCCUGUACAUCUGGCAAACAGGACCGUGGGGUCGCUGCAUGGGAAGCGAGUGUGGUCCUGGUGGCAGCCAGAGCAGGGCGGUAUGGUGUGCCCAUUCCGAAGGCUGGACCACCCUGCACACCAACUGUGACCAAGCAGAAAGGCCAGACAACCAGCAGAGCUGCUUCAGAGUGUGUGACUGGCACAAAGAUCUGUACGACUGGCAGCUGGGUGCCUGGAACCAGUGUGUCCCGGUGUCGAUGCGCAGUGCGGGGGUGCAGCGGCCUGCCGUGUGCACACGGGGAGAGGAGGGCAUCCAGACCCGUGAGGUUGGCUGCGUUCAGAAAGCAGACGGCGAGCCGGCAGAAGACGCAAUCUGUGAAUACUUUGAGCCUAAACCACGCUUAGAACAGGCCUGUCUUAUCCCGUGUCCUCGGGACUGUGUGGUGUCUGAAUUCAGUCCAUGGACUGCCUGCUCUAAGACCUGUGGGAUGGGCUUACAGAACCGGAUCCGCUUUGUUCUGGCUCCACCACUGUUCGGUGGGUUAGCCUGCCCGAAUAUGACCGAAUUUCAGACAUGCCAGCCAGGGCCCUGUGAGGGUGAGGAAAGCCUUUACAGCCUCAGAGUGGGACCCUGGGGCCCCUGCUCCGUCCCACUGCCAAGGCAAACCAGACAAGCUGACAAACCACCCAGAGAGAGCGAAAGGCGAUCCAGGGAAAGUGAUAGAUUAUCUACGGAGACUGACAAACAGUCCAGAGAGGGUGAAAAACAGUCAAGAGAGGGUGACAAACAGCCCAGAGAGGAUGAAAAACAGUCAAGGGAGGGUGACAAACAGUCCAGAGAAAGCAAAAAAACAUCCAAACGAAGUGACAAACAGACCAAAGAGGACGAUAAGCAGCACAAAGACAGAGAAAAGCGUCCCAAAGAUGGUGAUAAACUGUCCAGAGAUGGUGACAAACCACCUAUAUCCAACAGGAAACUGGGCAGGGCGAACAAGAGACCGGACAGGCCAUCCCGACAGGCAGAUCGGCCCAAACGACAGAAAAAGGCUAAAAACAAGGAGAAAAGAGAAAAAAUGAGAGAGAAAAUGAGAGAGAGAUUAAGGGAGAGGGGCAAGGCAAAGGAUCCCGAGACCAGAGAACUCAUCAAAAAGAAGAGGAACAGGAACCGACAGAACCGUCCUGGUGGGAAGUUCUGGGACCUGCAAGUUGGUUACCAAACCAGAGAAGUGACCUGUGUUCAUAAAAGUGGGGAUAUUGAGGCUCUCAGUUUUUGCUCUCAGGAGACUUUGCCGGUGACCUUCCAGGCCUGUGUGAUGACCAAAGACUGUGAUGUGACCGAAUGGUCCGAAUGGUCAGCUUGCUCCAAGGAGUGCUACGACCCCAACGGGCCCAAGGGGGAGCGCGCCCGGACCCGAAAAGUGAGCCAGUUCCCGAUAGGGGGAGGAGACGGUUGUCCCGAGCUGGAGGAGAAGGAGCCCUGCAGCCCGCAAGGAGACGCAGUGCCGCCCUGCAUUGUCUACAGCUGGAAAACCACAGAGUGGACCGAGUGCAGGGUGGACGUGCUGCUGAGCCAGCAGGACCGUCGGCGUGGAAACCAGACGGGGUUAUGUGGAGGCGGGACUCAGACCCGGGAGGUGUACUGCGUGCAGGCCGCCUCUGACCCACCGCCCAACCUCAGCUCGCUCAGGAGCAAAGAAGCGGUGCGGCCGGUGGACAGUGAUCUGUGUCUGGGUAUUCCUCCUAACACGACCCAGCUCUGCCAUAUAAGCUGUCCGGUUGAGUGCGAGGUGUCUUCGUGGAGCGCCUGGGGACCCUGCACCUUUGAAAACUGCCAGGACCAAGCAGCUAAGAAAGGCUUCAAACUUAGGAAGAGGAGGAUCAUCAACGAACCUACGGGCGGCAUGGGGAACUGCCCCCACCUGGUGGAGGCAAUACCGUGUGAAGACCCGAGCUGCUUCGACUGGCUGGUGGUUAAACUGGAGGAGUGCAUCCCGGAUAAUGACAAGGAAUGUGGACCCGGAACCCAGAUCCCUCAAGUCCAGUGUGUCAACAGUGAUGGUGAAUACGUGGAGAGGCAGCUCUGCCGUGAUGCCAUUCUUCCGAUGCCUGCCAUCUGCGAGGUGCCUUGCCCGAAGGACUGCGCCCUGAGCCCCUGGACUCCCUGGUCUCUCUGCUCCCACACCUGCUCCGGAAAAAACACGGAGGGCAAGCAGACCAGAGCUCGUUCCAUCCUUGCCUAUAACGCAGGAGAAGGUGGAAUCCAGUGUCCCAACAUCAGUGCCCUACAGGAGGUGAGGAACUGCAACGACCAUCCCUGCACCGUGUAUCACUGGCAAACCGGUCCAUGGGGACAGUGCAUAGAGGACUCGUCCAUCCCGUCCACCAACACGUCCGGGGGCCGAACGCGCGGCGAUGACGCCUCUUGCUCAGUGGGCAUGCAGACCAGGAAAGUCAUCUGUGUCCGGGUCAACGUGGGCCAGGUUCCUCCCAAAAAGUGUCCAGAGAGUCUUCGCCCAGACACCGUCAGGCCCUGUUUGCUUCCAUGCAAGAGAGACUGCAUCGUCACCCCGUACAGCGACUGGAGCCUCUGCCCAUCGACAUGUCAAGCAGGCAGUAACGCUAAGAAGAAGCAAUACAGGAAACGUAUCGUCAUCCAAUUACCAGCCAAUGGGGGACAGGACUGCCCUGAGGUUCUGACCCAGGAAAGAGAGUGUGAUGCCCCCUCUGUCUGUGAGGGAUACAGGUGGAAAACCCACAAGUGGCGCAGAUGUCAGCUGGUUCCAUGGACGGUUCGGCAGGACAGUCCCGGAGCUCAGGAGACCUGCGGGCCGGGCCUCCAGGUCCGAGCUGUUUCAUGCCGGAAGCAGGACGGUGGACAGGCAGACGUGGAGGCUUGCCUUAAGUUAGCCAGCUCCAUGCCACCUCUCACCCAGCCCUGUCAGCUGCCCUGCCAGGAAGACUGUCAGUUAAGCAGCUGGUCCAAGUUCUCAUCCUGCACAGCUGACUGCGUGGGAGUCAGGACACGCAAGAGGAUGCUAGUAGGGAAGAGUAAAAAGCGUGACCAGUGUAAAAACACCCAGAUGUACCCCCUGAGCGAGACCCAGUACUGCCCAUGUAACAAAUACAACGCCCAGCCUGUGGGCAACUGGUCGGACUGUGUCCUGCCCGAGGGCGGCCGCAUGGAGGGUCAGCUGGGCAUGAAAGUGCAAGGUGACAUCAAGGAGUGCGGCCAAGGAUACCGCUACCAGGCCAUGGUGUGCUACGAUCAGGACAACCGCAUAGUGGAGACUUCACGCUGCAACAGCCAUGGGUAUAUUGAGGAGGCCUGCAUCAUCCCCUGUCCGUCUGACUGCAAACUGAGCGAGUGGUCCAACUGGUCACGCUGCAGUAAGUCCUGUGGCAGUGGGGUCAAAGUUCGCUCCAAGUGGCUCAGAGAAAAACCCUACAACGGUGGGAGACCGUGUCCCAAACUGGACCAUGUCAACCAGGCACAAGUGUAUGAGGUGGUGCCGUGCCUCAGUGACUGUGGACAGUACAUCUGGGUGGCAGAGCCCUGGAGUGUGUGGAAAGUCAGUAAUGUGGAUCUGAAGGACAACUGUGGUGAAGGCGUUCAGACCCGAAAAGUCAGGUGCAUGCACAACACCAUAGAUGGGCCUUCUGAGCAGGUGGACGACUACUUGUGCGACCCAGAGGAGAUGCCUCUAGGGGCCCGCAACAGCCGGCUGCCCUGCCCCGAGGACUGCGUGUUAUCAGACUGGGGUUCCUGGAGCCCGUGUCCACUGCCUUGCAGUGAGAACAGUACCCGCGAGAGGGUCGCUUACCCACUCCGACAGCCAGGAGAGGCCAAGGAAUGUCCUCCGACUAAAGAGACCGAGCCGUGCAAACUCAACAGCAACUGCUUCCACUACUCCUACAACAUCACUGACUGGAGCACCUGUCAACUUAGUGAGAGAGCGGUGUGCGGAAACGGCAUUAAGACCCGCAUGCUGGACUGCGUGAGGAGCGAUGGUAAAUCUGUUGACCUGAGCUUCUGCAAAGAGUUGGGUCUGGAGAGGAAGUGGCAGAUGAAUGCUUCCUGUGUUGUGGAAUGCCCUGUUAAUUGCCAGCUCUCUGAUUGGUCAGCGUGGUCGGAGUGCACUCACACCUGUGGACUGGCAGGCAAGCUGUGGAGGAGACGGACGGUGGUCCAGGCUCCGCAGGGUGACGGGAGGCCGUGUCCAUCGCAGAUGGAACAGUGGAAGCCGUGCCUGGUGAAGCCCUGCUACAGCUGGAGAUACGGCAAAUGGUCCGAGUGCAAGUCUGAGGGGGCAAUUUGUGGAGAAGGCCUGCGCUUCAGGAACGUGUCGUGCUUCGUGUCAGACGGCUCGGGUCAGCAGGACAGCAGCCUGGUGGAUGAUGAGCUGUGUGGGGAUCUGGAGCCUUCGGUGGACGGAGACACGCACAUCGUCCUGCAGGAGUCCUGUACUGUACCCUGUCCUGGAGAAUGCUACUUGACGGACUGGACUGUAUGGAGUCCCUGCCAGCUAAGCUGCGUAAAUGGGGAUGACCUGGGUUUCGGCUCAGUCCAAGUGCGAUCCAGAGCAGUGGUGGCCCAGGAUCCAGAGAACCUGUUGCAGUGUCCGGAGCAAGAGCUGGAAGCGCGGCCGUGUACAGACGGGCAGUGCUUUGAAUACCAGUGGAGAACCGGGUCUUGGAGAGGCUCAUCUCGCCAAGUCUGGUGCGAGCGUUCAGAUGGGCUUAAUGUCACAGGUGGAUGCCUGUCAACGGCAAAGCCCAUGGCGGACCGAUCCUGUGACCCACCAUGCACAAAGCCGCGGUCUCUAUGUACAGAGGCGGGCGUGUGUGGCUGCGAAGAGGGCUACACUGAAGUCAUGACGUCCGAUGGUCUGCUGGACCAGUGCACCGUCAUCCCGGUGCUGGAGAUCCCUACCGCGGGGGACAACAGGGCCGACGUCAAGACCAUCCGAGCCUUCAACCCCACCCAGCCUGCAGCCAGCACACCAGGCAGGGUGGGGCGCACCUGGUUCCUGCAACCCUUCGGUCCAGAUGGGAAGCUGAAGACCUGGGUGUACGGAGUAGCAGCCGGAGCUUUCGUUCUACUCGUCUUCAUAAUCUCCAUGACAUACCUAGCAUGCAAAAAGCCAAAGAAGCCACAGCGACGGCAGAUGAACAACAGACUGAAGCCACUGACUCUGGCCUACGACGGAGACGCUGACAUGUAGAAGUCUUCCUGCUGACCACAAUGACCUACAGACACUAGUCCUCCUUCAGGACACACAGGGUUGCUAUGGAACCCCUCGAUGUCACCGCUGGGAACUGCUCAACCAACAUGCAUUUCUGACUGAAAGGGAAACCUCAAAGAUCACUCAACACCACGUUCAUUAGCAGCCUUGAUGUCGCCCUCUUCGUCUUCGUUUUUUCUUUUUGUUUGUUUCAGUUACAUUUUGAUAAUUCGUUUCACAAGAGCCUUCAUGAAUUCUUUAUCUUCUAUGGAAGUCUGCCUUCGCUUCUCUGACAUCGACUACUGCCAGCAACGUUCAGACCACGGCCGUUGGAGAGGGUUGCCCCGAGACGAAGAUCCCGCCGCAGCUCAAAGCACAAUGUCUUCAUUUGUCAUUUGCUCAUUUUUGUUGCAGCUGAGCGGCGUCGCCGCCGCCGUCGUGCUUUGACCGCGCGGAGGAAACGUUCGAAUCCCUCCGCGUCGUUUAACUGGCCUGGGUGUGUCUCACAAGAAAAAAAAAAAGAAAGAAAAUUUUAAAAAAAAAAGGACCAGAAAACAAAAAGCGGGCUUAACGAAUCCCAGAGCCACCAUCACUUCUGCUUGCCUCUCCCUUCUCUGUUUUUCAGGCAUAAUUUUGCACUAUAUUAGUGCAGCAUGAUAUGUACUUAUGUCUAGCUUUGCCAUAGGAAACUGCCUCUCUCAAAACAAGAUGGUGUACAGUCUUGUGCUAGAAUUGUAAAAAAGUAGAGUUUUUUUGCAAACAGAACUCACCAAUGUUGGUUACGUUUUUUUCUUCUAUUACCUCUUGUAUGUGAUGCGAUGAGACUGAAUGUAAAUAUGAUUUUUUUUUUCUUCUUUUUCCUCCAGAGGUCUCAGCUUAACCUUUCCAGUAUGUACAGCUACAUGUCCCAAACUCUGACAGAGUUUCUUUAAUCCCUGGUCCCCAUCUUUUGACUGUAUGAUGAGUUUUAUCUUUACUCGUACGUCACAAUCAUCUGUCCUGUUCAGACGGAAGAAACUGAAGAGGUUAUGAAAGACGUUUAGCUGUGACAUGGGAAGACGAAACAAACAGACUGAACCAUGGGACUGCUCCUUGAAUGCAGGCUGGACGUACAAAGACGGUUUGGGUCAGUGACAUUAGAGCUGUGAAAUUACUCAGUAGAUAUUUAAAUAUCAGAAACAGCAGAGAUCAAGACUUCAAUCUGAGACUUCUAGUUCUAACUACUCCAGACAGGAAAUCAUUCGGCUAAAUCUAAAGGCAGUUUCAUAUAUAUGUGUUAAAAAAAGAACUCAAACCCAUUCUGUUUAUAAGGUAUUUGGUUCUAGAUGGCCACAAACUAGAAAUAACCUACACCACUUGUCUAAGCAGCCUUAAUGUAUAUGAUACAUCGAUCAGGCAUAACAUUAUCACCACUGACAGGAGAAUAUAUAUAUAUAUAUAUAUAUAUAUAUAAUCUCUGAUGAGUCGCAACUGUUUUGGAGACCUACACAAUAUUAGGAAGGCGGUCAUAAUGUUAUGCCUGAUCAGAAGUCGUAUGUUGCUUGAAAUAUUAAAAUUUGUUGGCUAUUCAGAGGCAGCUUCAGACUGGUAAACUUGACUUUUACACUCUGACAUGCACUGGUAACCCUACAAAUUAUUCUCCCUAAAAGAAACAUCAGUUUUGGUUUGUUGUACAUCCUUCCUCCCUCCACCGUUACAUUUAGGUUGUUAGGUGUCUUAUCUCGUUUCUGCAUUUCCAAAAAAAAAAAAAAAAAAAUCCCUCUGUCUGUCAGUCGUAAGCUUGGAGUUAGUCGACCUCAUGUUAAUGUCUCGUGACUGAUGUAAUGUGAUAAGGGCAUUUUCUCUUCAACAGCUGAAUCUAGUCUGGCGUGGUCUCCUCUAGUGCGAGUUGCGUAUUCCUUUUUUUUGCGGUUCUUCCCUGUUCACAGCUAGAGAAAAACAGUCUAACAAAUGAGUCGAUCCUUUCCGACGAGCUCUACUCACCCGUUCACGCUUUUCAGUCACGUAUCCCAGGAGGACUGCCACUGAACAGGUGCAGGGGUUUUUCCACCCCUCGCACAGAUGGUGUAAAAUUCAGGAAGAAUCCCUAUAUUUUGAAAUUGAAAAAAAAAAUGAAAGCAUACAUCGCUGCCUGAUGUAACUGCCUGCAGUAAGCUAAAGGCCCAGUCACCAGAGGGAGUUGCUGUAUUAUUUAUUUGUACUGAGACGUCAUAUCGGUGCCAGAGAACGGCUGUUCACCGUCCUCUGAGUUUGUCGCUAGUAAGUUAAUGGAAUGUUUAAUUUAUAUUUCUUGGAAUAUCAGUUGUAAAUAAAGUGCUAAAGAUUUCUUUUUCUUUUUUUUUUAUUUAAUGUUACUGUACCAUAAUAUGUUUCCUUUUUUUACUGCACAAGUUGUUACGCAAAAGAAAAAAAGACAAAGAAAAAAAAACUGGGGGCGUGAAUGUGGGUGUGCUAAAAGCGAUACUGAUCUUGUGAAAAAACAAAGUUGCUGAUUAACUCUGUCCUUUUCCUACUGUUUGUUUAUAUGUAUUUGACUAAUUGCUGAUAAUAAACAAUGGAAAUAUU